UUCCUUUACUUUAGAGAAUGCGUUUAUAAGCCUUUCAAUAUAAACGGGCAUCAAGCAGUGGUUUUAAUUUAGGGUAGCCGCCUAGGUUAGCCGAAUUUUUAUUUAUAGUUAAUUAUUUAUUCAUUUUUUACAGCCUAACAUCUACCUUGCCAAGGCACGAUGGGCAUUCAUGUCAUUGCUGUCACUAGUUCAAGUGGUCUUCCGUUGUUCUCCAGACAUAGGGGAGCUUCUGAAUCGUUGGCGUUCUCCAUUGUUGGAUCAUUAAAUGGAGUCCAUAUGUUCGGCAAAAGUCAACAAAUCACAAUUGAAAACGCUCAAUCCCAGGACUCCAGCAUCAUAUGGAAAGACUUUGAAGACAGCAUAACAUUGAUAGCAGUUGGUACACCUGCUAUUGAGAGCACGCUGAAGGAGUUGGUGCACGCUGUGUUUCAAGCAAUGGUGCUCUGUGUCGGCGUAGAAGAGCUCAGAACGAUCCGUAGUGUGGAACGACUCAAGCGGGAACUUAGGGCCUGCUUUCCGAUCGUGGAUCGUCUGCUGGAAUGUUUGGACACUGGGGAGAGGGCUUCUGCUAGGGUUCCACUGCUUCCCUUAGUAGAGGUUGUUCUACACGAGGAAAAUACUGUGUUGCAAUCGAGACUAGACUCGUUUGCGGAGAGUGUAGAGUCAUUGUUUGCCUGUUUACUAUUGGAUGGCUGCGUUGCCGUGGCAACGCUGGGGUGGUGGGAGUUAGCUGUGGAGGAAAGAAAACUUCUCAGUCUGGUGGUUGCAGCAAAUACUGCAACAACUUCUUCAGACAUUCCAGUCUUCCUACCGUGUAAGAGUCCUUCGGUACCGUUUCGCCUGGUCAGUGUGUGUCUGGUGGCCGGUGCUUGGGUCAGUGUACUGUGUGGUCCCGCGCCGGACCUGGCCACUGUAGAGCAGCUGGCAGCCAACUGGUGGCGCCGCUCUGUAGCAACACUCGCAACUACUCUACACAACCAGGGCAACUUGCCUGCGUCUCUCCAACUCAACCAAGGCAUACAGGGGCUAUUGCUGAUUCACUGUGAUAUUGGAAAGUUUGUUCUUUGCCACAAUUUGGCCAACAAAAAGGACACUCGCCCACCGUCAGAUAUACUGCGUAACUUCUACUACAACACAGCAAUACAUCUUCAUAAACAGGACCUGCCACAGAAGGCUCUAGAGACAUAUUGGUGUUCUGAGUACCACAAGGUCCACGCCCUGCGCUCUUCUAGCAACUUGCUGUGUGUGUUAUACUCAUCAGCUGUGCCCACCCAUACCAUGAGGUUAAUGACGCAGCAGACUUUACAAGCUCUCAUUUCAGAGAAACAGUUCUGUUGGUGACAGGAUGCAUCUACUGAAACUAAUCUCAAAAUAGGGCAAGUUAAGAAGUGUAUGUCUCAGGGUGACAAAUUUGAACAUACCAAGCAAACAAUGUGCUUAUUUAAAACGUGGGAAGUAUUCAACAGACUUCCCUUGAUGUUAGCAAUAUAAACCCAUUUGCCUUUCAACUCCUUUCAUAACUUUGGCUGAAAAUUUACAUUUUAGCGAAUUUCCCUAUAGGGAAGUAGCUAUUA